UAACAUCGACAAGAGACUAGGAAGUAACAGCCUGGAUCUCCUUUAUCUCCGUCCUAAUCUACUGACGUGAGCGGGCCAAACGGGCGACACGGCAUAAGGGAUUGAAAGACGGAGACUCAAUUCCGUGGAUAUAAAGAUUCAAUAAUAUUUAUAUAUAUCUACCUAACGUUUCUAUUUACUACGCCACGACUUCGCACUAUCUAAACACUUAAAAAAUGCCUCCGUCAUUCUCAAUCACCGUCGAAGAGCACGUGUCGUUUCCGUCCCUCCGGGGGGGCGACAAGUUCCACGAUGAGAUGCAAAAAAUGAUACCGGGGGUAAAGCAAGCCCUGGAAGACUGUUCGGAGGGCCGCAUCGCGGAUCUGGACGAAGGCCACGUCUCUUUCCAGUUCCUGUCGCACGUGCCGGGCACUUCCAACCACCACCCGGGCGGGUGCCGGAGCGCGAACGACGAAAUGGCCGAGGCGAUCAAAAAGUAUCCUACCCGGCUUGGCGGCUUGGCGGACCUGCCGAUGGUACAUCCAGAGGAGGCGGCCGCGGAACUGGAACGUGCGGUCAACGAGCUGGGGUUUUUCGGCGCUUUGAUUAACAAUCAUCUAAGCGACAUGACGCACUACGAUGAUGAGAGGUUCUGGCCCGUCUUUGAGAUGGCUGAGCGUCUCGACGUACCUAUCUACAUCCACCCGUCGCCAGCGCCGGGCAACGUGAUACAACAGCGAUUUGGGGGCAACUACUCGCCUCUGGCCGCACAAGCGCUGUCGUCGUUCUCCUGGGGCUGGCACGAGAACGUGGGGCUGCACAUCCUGAAGCUCUACGCGGCAGGGCUGUUCGACCGCUUCCCCAGCCUCAAGAUCAUCGUCGGACACAUGGGCGAGCUGCUCCCCAUCAUGCUGGACAGGGUGCAGUCUGCCAACGUGCUGCGAGAGAAGAACAAGCUCCGCGGCUUCGGCGAGGUCUGGGACAAGAACAUCUGGGUGACCUCGAGCGGGGUCUUCAGCGUGAGGACGCUGGAGAUGCUACUGAAGGUGACGAGGAAGGACCGCGUGAUGUACAGCGUCGACACGCCGUUCAGCAAGAACGCGGAGGGCUGGAGGUACCUGGAGGAGCUGGCGGAGAGUAGCUCGUUGUCGAGGGAGGAGCUGGACAUGUUUGCGUACGGGAAUGCGAGGAAGCUUUUUAAGCUGGACUUUGAGCUUAAGAAGUUUGCAUAGCUUCAAUUUGAGCGAUACAGAUACGAAUAGGAGUCGUGGUCCAGAGUGCCCAGUGGUGAUGAAUUGAAUGAUUAUGUACUAGGUACCUAUGUACCUAUGUACCUAGAGUAACUCUUAACAUCCCACCAUACCCACUAAAUAAAGUAGUGGAUCCUGAUAAGAUGAUAAGAUAAAAUAAAAUAUAACCGA